AUGGCACUCGCACUGGCCUUGCACGUCUCUUGCCUUCUCUUGGCUGAAGGGGAGGAGGUGCCGACAACAGUGCCAGCGCCAGCCUUCCUGAUGACCGGGUGGCCGGUCCAGUCAGCAGUCCAGUCGGCGGUCCAAUCAGCCGCGGCGGGCAGCUUGAGCCGCAGCCUGGCCUCCUCGGGGCCCAUGGCCAUCCCCCAGCAGCGUUCUCUGCCUCCCCUUGCCCCUGCAGCCUCCUCCCUCAACGGCAACAGCCCAGGCGUGGGUUCUCUGCCGCUCGGCAUGCCGGCGGAGCUCUUCGCAGGCGCGUCGGGGAUGUCGCUACCACAGCUGCAGCAGGGGGGGCCGGCGUUGUUCGGGGUAUCCCCCAGCGGCAGCGGGGGGACCGGCGGCCUGCAGUCCAUCGAGCUGUUCCAGCGCAGCGGCCUGCGGCCCCUCGGCGGCUCACUGCCCCUUCACCUACCCCGCUCCGGCCUUUACGGGAUGUCGAACCUGCACAUUGCGCCGCUGGACCUCGGCUCAUCCGUGGCCGGCAAUGGCGGCUCGUUGGGCCCAGUCUCCAGCAGCGUUGACUCUGAGGCCACCUUCAGCGACGCCCUGUUUGGCUCCAGCGCCCCAUCUCCCUCCACCGUGCUCCCCAUCCACCACCCGCAGCAGCGCAUGAAGAGCCCGUUGUCGGAGGCGGCCAGUGGAGAGGAGAAGGGUGGGCGGCCACGCUCCACGCUCUCCAGCCAGCUCGCAGCCGGCGGCCGCAAGGGCUCCGCCGCAGGCAUCACGAAGAAGAUCGCCGGCGUGACAGGGGCGGGAAAGGUGAAUGGCGUUGCGAGCAAGGCGGCGAGCGGACCCGUCAAGUACCGCGGCGUGCGGCAGCGGCCCUGGGGCAAAUUUGCGGCAGAGAUCAGGGAUCCAUCCAAGGGGUCGCGACUGUGGCUGGGCACGUUUGACACGGCGGAGGAGGCUGCGUUGGCGUACGAUGCGGCCGCGCGGCGAAUCCGCGGCGACGCAGCCAUCACCAACUUCCGCCCGGGCGAGGGUCCCUCCACGCCCGUCAACCUCGACUUCCUCGCAGCGGCAUUGGGAGGGGAGGAGAGCGACGCGCCGAGCGAGGGGAGCGACCCGAAGGACGCCAGCCGUAUCGCUGGCAUUGGCGGUUUCGUGGCGGGCAGCAGCGCUCCGGCGGCGUUCCCUGCAGCCGCCAGCAUGGCCAUGCACCUGACGCGGUCGGUGCGCGCGGCCGGCGCCGGGUCCAGCCCCGUGGCCGCCUUCAGCGCUGCCGUGCAGCCGCUCACGCCGCCCGCCUCCGCGCUCAGGCACGGAGCUUCCGCGGACGGCCAGGCGCCGUUCGCGAGCAGCGAGUCGGCAGACGCGAGCGGGGACUCGGCCGGCGGUGCGAUGGACGAGGACGACCUGUUUGUGGGCGCCAUGGAUAUUGAUGACGGUGGCAACGUAGCCGGGCCAAAUCUGGCGGUGGCCGGGAGGCAACGCCGCACAAUUGGCGAUGACGAGGAUAUGAGCGAGGUUGCCGAGAUCAUGCUCAACCUCAAGGUGCAAGAGAGGAACGGCAGGCGCAAAUCUCUGGACCAGGUGACUCCCGCGCAGCGUACCUCCCUCCGACGCAGCCUGCGUGGCAUCGCCUGAGAUGACUCAGCGCUGACCUGGCCCCCACGCCUGAUCUGGCAGCCGCGCUGAUACUGCAACACCCCCUGUCCUGAUCAGGCGCGGGGAGCUACAACAUCGAAGGGGAGUUUU